CUAUGCUGCUGUGACGUCAUAGGUCAAUUAAAAAAAAAAAAUAAACAGCUGUUUGCCAAAUGGGCAGCACUGUCAUUCGAGCUAGAGUUGCCCUGUAUGCGGGGCCUACCAAAAUGUCAUAAAAUAGCCCUCAGUGCAGUGAACAAAACUCAACCCGGAGAACUCAGCCACGUACUUUUUUCGAUUUUUAUGGAAUGUUACAUCAGUUUUUGUGUUCUUCCUCAAUGCUUAAUGCCAAAAAGUAUGUAUACUAGCUUCGACAACUUAUAGUGAAAGAACAAAAUACAGUAAGUACCAGUUCAUUUCUGAAAAAACUCUAAAAAGCAAAUGGAAAAUCGCUGAGGUACUGCCAAAUUUCUUAUCCACUGAGCACUCUGCCACGCAUAAACGUCUGAGCUCAUUUUCAUUAUCAAUUGCAAUGGAGCGGCUGAUAGGACAACCUUGAAGGUUGAUUGAACUGCGAAGGGAAAUAUUUUGACCCCCUAGACAGGCUGUAAUUUGAUUUCCGCCCCGGGAGCCACCCCUGGAGCCGCCCCUACACUUGAGUCGUACAAAUCCUGUCUGUCGUUUGAUGACUUUGUGUGCAAGGAGAACGAGGCAGUUUUUGUAUCUGGCUGCGUGCUUCAUUUCGUGGAGCUCCGUUUCGUUUAGCCUGCUCUUUGCUCACCGCUUCGCCCACCAACAAAAAUACAAAUAAAUAAAUGAAAAGAAGAGCCAAAACACAACUCGGAACUCGCUCUGCACUUUGUUUGCCUGGCUCUUCUUCCCCAUCCUCCUCCCCCUCCCCUCCCGUGUUUUCAUCACUCGCCGUGUGUAUGUGCGAUGGACGAGCGAGUGUGCUGUGUGUGAGAGGGUUCGCUGCCGUCCGCGUGUGUGUGUUCGCCUUUGUACAUUGAACUCGAAAAUUCGAACUCGAGAAGAAAAGAAAAGAGUGAGAGCGAGUGGAGAACAAGUCGGAUGCCCGACCUUCUCCCUCCCUCUCGUGCCGUAGUCCACACACCUCAUUAACCCCCCGAAAAGGGGUGCGAAGUCUCACAUUCGUCGUCUCUAUCCCAACCCAGAACCCUUCGAUCAGGUUGCUUUCGUCUGCUGACCGAGAUGUCGUCCAUCCCAGACUAACCUAAAAUGUUAAUUCUUUGCUGACAAGAUGAAGUUCCGCGCACUGAUGCAGAAUCCGCUGUACAUGAAAGAGUUCCAGGCCAUUGUGGCCACUUUGACCAAGCUGGCGAAAGAUUGCGUGAUGAUUCUGGGCUCUCGACAGAUGCAUUUUAUCGUGAACGAGGAUCAGAGCUCCGCUGCAUCGCCCUUGGUUUGGGCAGGAAUUGCAGCUGAGGAGUAUUUCCCGGAGUAUCGCAUGGAGGCUGCUCACCCGGAUCAGGAGUACAUAGUUCUAGGCGUGUCUUCGGCGAACCUCGGAAGAGCUUUAUCAGUGCUUCGCGGUGGAGGCGUAAACAGCUGCAAACUAAAGCUGCAAAGAAUUCAGUUUCCGUGCAUUUCAGUAAUAGCCUCGGUGCUUACGUCGUCUUCAACAGAAGCCCGUGAAGUGGUGCACGAUGUUCCAGUGACCAUAAUCCCGGGCAGCGAUUGGUCUGCCUACGUUGUACCGAGAGUUCCAAACUCGCAGUUGGCCUUGGGCCUACCAAGCCUAAGAUUGCUCAAAAGUCUCAUUGACAAGCUGAAGAAUAUAUCACCUAGCCUUGAGUUUCAGGCCAACUUGGACGGAGAGCUCAAUGUCAUAGCCACCUCUGAAAUGUCCACUGUGACUAGUCGAUUCCAAAAAUUACUAAUUCGAACUGUGGCAGGAUCCCAGCAGGAAGCGUCCUGCUCCGUGGAUUCAAGAAAAGCCUCUGCCUUCUUCGGAGCACUUCAACUCCCUAACGAGGAACUGACUAUUGGGAUUGACCGUGAGCAUUCCAUCCAUCUGCAGAUCGAUGUACGACAGGAUGUUGUUCUGCACUCUAUUCUGCCAGCUGUUUAUAUGUAGUUCUUAGGUUUGCUUAGCUUACCUGUAAUAAAUGCCACUUGAUGUAUUGAGGUGUAAUAAAAGUUUUUAACGCUAAAUUCUUUUCAUGAAAAAAUCAUCGAUGUUAAUUGAAAUUAUCUUUUUGCAAGCGUUAUCCCUUGAACAAUUAUCUCUUUUACAACUAA